GAACUCCAGUCUGGACCAAGAGGAACAAGAACCUCCACAGAUUAAAGGGGAACAGGAGGAAAUGUGCACCAGUCAGGAGGGAGAGCAGCUCGUACUGAAGCAGGAGACUGAAACCUUCAUGUUGACUCCUCAUUGUGAGGAAAGUGACCACAGAGAACCAGACGGUGAGCACCAGCUCCUCUCUCACAACUCUCCUGUAGCUGAGAGCCAAGAUCAGAACAGAAGAAAACAUUUGGAUUCAGGAUCAACAGGAAAUGAAGAACCAAACCCACAGAAGAGUUUUCAUGAAAACAGGAGUCACAGUAACAAUGUGGACAACUCUCCCAUAUCAGAGAUUGACUCUAAUACUCAAACAGAGCUCCCACAGCAGCAUGUCUGUAAGGAGGAGGAGGUUCUCACUGACCAGCAGCUCUGUCACCAGGAGAGGAACUCCAGUCUGGACCAAGAGGAACAAGAACCUCCACAGAUUAAAGAGGAACAGGAGGAAAUGUGCACCAGUCAGGAGGGAGAGCAGCUCGUACUGAAGCAGGAGACUGAAACCUGCAUGUUGACUCCUCAUUGUGAGGAAAGUGACCACAGAGAACCAGACGGUGAGCACCAGCUCCUCUCUCACAACUCUCCUGUAGCUGAGAGCCAAGAUCAGAACAGAAGAAAACAUUUGGAUUCAGGAUCAACAGGAAAUGAAGAACCAAACCCACAGAAGAGUUUUCAUAAAAACAGGAGUCACAGUAACAAUGUGGACAACUCUCCCAAAUCAGAGUUUAACUCUAAUACUCAAACAGGUAAAAAGUCUUUCAAAUGUGAAACUUGUGGAAAAACUUAUGCUCGUAAGUAUGAAUUGAAAAUUCAUCUGAGAACACACACGGGUGAAAAACCUUAUUUAUGCAAAAUAUGCAGGAAAGGAUUUGUACGUAGUGAUGAUUUGAAAGUCCACAUGAGAAUUCACACAGGUGAGAAGCCAUUUUCGUGCAAAAUAUGUCAGAAAGGUUUUGCAAUGAGUUAUGAUUUGAAAGUCCAUGUGAGGUUUCACACUGGUGAGAAGCCAUAUCCCUGCAAAAUAUGUCAGAAACAUUUUGUGAAAAGUGGUGAUUUGAAAGUUCAUAUGAGAAUUCACACAGGUGAGAAGCCAUAUUCUUGCCAAACAUGUACAAAACGUUUUGUAAGUAGUGGUAAAUUGAAAGUCCAUGUGAGGUUUCACACUGGUGAGAAGCCAUUUUCGUGCAAAAUAUGUCAGAAAGGUUUUGCAAUGAGUUAUGAUUUGAAAGUCCAUAUGAGGAUUCACACUGGUGAGAAGCCAUAUUCUUGCCAAACAUGUGGGAAAAGGUUUGGACGUAGUGAGGACUUGAGACUCCACAAGAGAAUUCACACUGGUGAGAAGCCAUAUUGUUGCCAAACAUGUGGUAAAUGUUUUGUAAGUAGUGGCAAUUUGAAACUCCAUAUGAGAAUUCACACUGGUGAGAAGCCAUAUUCUUGCCAAACAUGUGGUAAAUGUUUUGUAAGUAGUGGCAAUUUGAAACUCCAUAUGAGGAUUCACACUGGUGAGAAGCCAUAUUCUUGCCAAACAUGUGGGGAAAGGUUUGGACGUGGUGAUCAAUUGAAAGUCCACAUUAGAACUCACAGUUGAGAAGCCACAUUCUUGCAAAACAUUUAUGAAAUGUUUUGGAAGUAGUGGGAUGAAGUCCAGAUGAUGUUUCACACUGGUGAGAAGCCAUUUUCGUGCAAAAUAUGUCAGAAACAUUUUGUGAAGAGUAGUGAUUUGAAAGUCCACAUGAGAAUUCACACUGGUGAGAAGCCAUAUUCUUGCAAAAUAUGUCAGAAAAGGUAUACACAAAGUGGUCAUUUGAAUUUCCACAUGAGGAGCCACAGGUGAGAAGCAAUUUUCUUGCCAAAGAUGUGGGGAAAGUUUUUCACAUUGUGAUGCAUUGAACGUUCACAUGUGAACUCAGACUGGGGAGGAGCCUGUAACACGUGAUAAAAGCUUCUCUUAGUUUACACACAUGAAAAGUCAUUUAAAGAUUUAUACAGGUAAAAAUGUGUGUUUACAAAACAAGGAUGUAUCUAGGUUUAGUGUUGUUGAAGAUGAUAAAUGAUCUGAGGCUGUCCAGCCAUCCUGCAACUACGGUCUUUUCAUGAACAUGUCCUUUAAUUCACUUUAUUUUUUUUCUUACAUCAAAUUGUUACAAUUUGUAUUAUUUCAGUCUGCAGAGGUGAUACAAACUCAUGUAGUAGAUGUUCUAUGCUGCUUUAUGACAUUUGCCACAAAAAUAAACUUGUAUUUUAAUAAUUAGAAUAUUUCUUUCAAUGCUGGUUCGUCAGACUGAUGUUCCUAAUCUGAUGGAUUGAAUAAUGAGGGUAAUUAUGAGCACCAUCAGUCUAAAGGCUCAUUUAUAUCAUUCUUACCAAUGAAAAUAGAUAUGUGUAUUUUAAACUGUGUAUUCAUCACUGCCCACAAACUACCAUGUGUUCUGAACGUUGACACAGCUACAUGCAAACAUGGCAGCAAUGAAGGAGGUCUUUAUAACUUCAAAGCUUCAAAAUCAUUUUAAUAGACACUGACUUGUAAAAAAGAGAAUGGUGCCUUUUCCCUUCCCACUCCAUGUCCUGACCACUUGUUCUUUCACUGUUUAACUUUAGUGAGAAGUUACGAUCUUCAAAAGAAAUGCAGAACUCAGGAUUAUCAGUGGGUUAAAUUUCAGGAAUCGUGCUGUCGAUCAUUUCAAAGGACUGAAGUCAUUAAAAACCAGCGGUCAUCUCAGAUAUCUAGGGAGGAAUAUCGAGAUGAGGUUUGGUGAGUUUCUUACAGCAGCUUACAACAUACUGUUUCCCAAAGUUAGGAGCCAUUGGAAAGUGGUGAGUCAUUGUCAAGUUGUUACUGCUCCUGAUACAUUUGAAUAUUUUUUUGUGUGGUCUGGUUUCAUUAAAACUAUGAUCAUCAACGUAUAUUUUUCUGUCUUUUGUGACAAUGUUAACUAAAUGUAGCAUCGUAAAUAAAGGAAUGUACGAUUUCUCUUCUCUU